AUGGUUUCUCUUGCACAACGACUGGGUAAAUGGUACCAGUUUCGUUUCAACAAUCUGACGCUCAAUGUCCCUGGCACUUACAUCACAAAUAAUGGAACCCUUAGUUUACUCUUCAAGGACAAGGAUGAAUACGAGAUGAAAGAUGUAGACGAGUUCACUGGUCGCGUCCUUGUGGGCUAUAUAAUGUCACACACCUAUGAAGUUGACUACGAGGCCGCAGAGCAAGACGAGGAUAUGGCUUUGAGAGAGUACAAUAUUGCACUCAAGGCCUGGGCUAUCGGACGCAUGUAUAACAUCCACGGUCUAGUUGUCCUAGCCAGAGACCAUGCUGUCAAGUUGGCUAAGUUCAUGAAUCCUGUCUGGGCAAUGGUGGCGAUAGUUGAUACUCCCUUGGUGAUGGAGCAUAUCACCGGCAUCAUCCACCGAAUCGACGAUUAUACUGAGGAGUUCCUGCAGAGCGUGACAAGACAAGAGGCGACAGAUCUUCUCUUGCGCGUGCCACCUCCCUCAACAGUGGGUUGGCUGUGGGCGACGCUCCAGUUGAUGCGGAAAGCCCAGGGGCCAGCUCUGGAACGAGGCUGGUAUCUGGUUCACCAGACCCUUCCAACCCAUAUGCCGGGGUUGCGAGAAUGUCUUCCGCUUCUAGAUGAACUCAGACAACUCACACAACUCACACGAGAAAGUGAGUAUAGGGCUCCUGAAGCUAUUGACCCCUUCGAUGACGAUGACGAUGCCGUGGAGCACGUUCUGAAUCCAUUCAAUCACUGGAUCCCAGAUGCCAAGAUCAAAUGUGGAAAAGUCAUGCGCGCCAUGGUCAGAAACUUCAACAGUUGCCAGAAGAUCGGCACCCGCAAUAAGGAGAAGCCGGCUGAGAGGGACAAGCCUUACGCCAGUGGUAUCUGUUCUGUUUACUUCUCAGAGAAGGGCCCUCUGUACAUCCCCAGCUCACUCCUCAGUGAGGAGAUGAAGGAAGCUACAGAUUUCCAACACGACAAUUCUGCUCAUCCUAUGGCCGAACUGUGGCUGGACAACAUCGCACUCGAUGCAGGCCAUGUCAUCAUUCACUACCUCGUCACGGGUAUCUACCAGUACCUCGAGCACCAGAAGGAAGCAGAAAAAGAUGCGAAGGACUUUUCAGCCGAGUUCGCGACUGCUAUUCGUGUCUACGUCGCUGCCGACAAUCUGCCCUUGCCCGACCUCCGUGAAAUGGCUAAAGGGGAGAUCCUUAGCGUCGGCAAGUGGCUUAGCCUCCCUGCCUUGAUCAAAGUCAUGGAAGAGGCCGCCCUGCCGUUCAAGGCAUACCCCGGAAUUGCCGCUUAUGUCGAAUCCCGACUUUUGUCCUUCUCUCAAACCGCAGCUAUGGAUGGCGGCGAAGACCAUGUUGACGAGACACUCCUUGCGCUGGGUGCUCCGGAUACAUUGAGCCAGGUCGUACUGCGUAGCGUCCUGCUUUCGAAGGCUUCCCGAGGCCGUCAGAUGGAAUCACCAACCUACAAGUCUGCAUGGGGAAAUCCUCGAGUCGAACUGUGCCAUAUGGAACAGGCCAUGGAACGGGCCGAGGGCUCUUCGUCCCGAAACGCUGAAGCUGCUCGCUACGAAAAAGAAAAUCUCCAUCCACAGAAGCCAAAGGCGAAACAGAAUGGGGAGACCUCACGCCGGGGUUGGAAGCGAGUUGGAGCUCUUGAAGAAAAAGCCGAAAAGAGAGCCGAGGAACUCGCAAGUGAGAGAAAGUGGAACGCUACGCGUUGGGGUGGAUACGACUGGCCCGCCCGACAGUCUUUUUUUGAGGAAGUCGGUGAUGCUCACGAACACCCGCCCGUUUUCUCCCUGGGGUGGGGUGAAGUUCGCAAGCGCCAGGCUUUCAAGCGACACGACCAAUGCGACAGUCCAACCGUCAUACCUGAAACCUGGAUUGAUCAGCUCACACCUGGCUCCAGUCAGAACUGGCCAGAGGACAAAGAGGCCGUCAACUGGUAA